UAUUCGCUGUCCACCUUCGAAGGAACAGAACAGAUAUUUCGCCCCGUGAAGAUGAUCGCUCACCCGGAAUAUAGCUCCUCCUCCAAGAAUGCCGACAUCAUGCUGAUAAAGCUGAACCGGCCAGCCAUCUAUAACUCCUUCGUAUCCAUAGUCCCUCUUCCAGCGCAGGGGAUGGCGCUCGGCGAGGGGGCGCCUGUGUCAGGUAUCCGGAUGGGGGUACACCAGCACCAACAGUGGUAAGGCCUCGGACACCCUGCGCAGUGUCAAGCUUCCCAUCGUCUCCGCCCGCCGCUGUAAUAGCUCCGCC